AUGACUGGAAUGAGGUCAGUAAACUUAUGCACAUAUGCACAGGAUCGGGAUUUUUGGAAAAACGGCAGGUUGUUAUGUUCAAUCCAAGCAUUCUGUUUUAACGAAGGAGCUGCUGACAAUCCCAAAGUUGAAAUCAUGUGCUAUGUCAGUGAUUGGAGCAACAAUGCUUGCUGGCAUUUCAUGGCGAGACAAGAUGAUAUAGAGGAGAAGGAUACACAAACACGACUGUACAACACAACACAUCCACAGACACGGUUCGCCGGCUGA